UCGGGCUCCUCACUCCGACCUAUUUACGUAAAUGCUAUGCAAACGCCCGUGGGUGUCACUUUCCCCACGUGCAGGAAAUUCGAAUUACGUCGACGGGGGCGAGCGGACGGCUCCGGGCCGCGCUUCCCAGCCGACCCCGGCCGGCGGCCCCUCGGGCGCGGGAGGAGGAGCCGAGGCCGGGCGGACGGAGGCAGCCCUGCGGCGCGGGGCAGCGGAGGCGGCCGGCGGCCCGGGCCCUGCAGAGGGCGGCUGCUCCGCGUCUUCCUGUCCCACCCAGCCCGCCGCCCCGCCGCCCCGCCGCCCCCGCCCCCGCCCGCCCGGCUCGGAGGACGCCGGAGAGGAGCGGCCCGGGCCCUUCCGCGGCCGCCGAGCCACCCACGGCCCGCCCCUCCGCGGAGGUGCCCGUCGGGUCGCGGCAAUGACCAGCCUGCUGAGCACCGCGCCUCCAGGAGAGGACCCGAUGACUACCCCAAUUCUGCAGGCCACUGAAGCCUUGUCCCCAGAAGCCGAGGCCAGCACAGCCCUCAUUGCAGUGGUUAUCACCGUGGUCUUCCUCACCCUGCUCUCAGUCGUGAUCUUGAUCUUCUUUUACCUGUACAAGAACAAAGGCAGCUACGUCACCUACGAACCUGCAGAAGGCGAGCCCAGCGCCAUCCUCCAAAUGGAGAGUGACUCAGCCAAGGGCAGGGACAAGGAGGAGUAUUUCAUCUGAUGAUUCCCGGCCCCGAGGAGCUCAUUCAGGCUCCAGUGCUAACACACUAUUUAUUAGGUGAAAGUUUUAUCUGAAGCCAGUGAGAAGCAUCGACUGAUACGAGCAGACCUGAGCUCCGUCUAGGACACAGGCCCAAAUGCCAACAUGACUGAUGCCAGGGACCCAGGGAAAGCUAUUUAUGGGGUCUCUAACCAGGCCUUUGUAGUAUAGCUGGUUUCUGCGGCUGCCCAACGAGGUGGAGCGACACCAGGCCACCAUGAGUUAUGUGCCCGGUCAUCUUCAGUUUUCACGGUCGAAGGGAAGGAGAGUUAGGCCCACUGGCUGCUUCUCUGUCCCCUGCCUGGUCAACUAGGGACAGCCUGAGCAGAAAUAGUGUGUGGAGAAGUUCUUCCCAGGUGCUGGAUACCAUGGUAAAAGGCCAAGUGGGAGGGGCAGGAGACUAAAGACCCCACCCCCUGAUGAAUGUGCUGUAUCUCCUCACCUGAGCCCUUCCUUUCCAUUAUUCCCCAACCACCAUAUACUGAUGCUAUUUUUAUCACAAUUAAAAAGGUUCAUUGGUAAAGAAAUCCGA